AUGGCCCUCCGGGCAUUCCACGAUAAUCCGUGUAUCGGCGGUUUCGGUGGUGAAAGUACAGUCGCUAUUCGAUCCUCGGAAUCUGGGGAUGAUCAUGAAGAACGCUCAAAGAGUGGGGACGCUUUGUGUCAAAUCAUCAAAGAACUCGUCGACAAUGCUGUCGACGCUUGCAAAAGCAAAGAUGGUGGGCAGCGAGUGAAGGUCGAAAUCUUUCCCUACGAAUAUGAUGCACAAAUUUUGAAGAUUCAGGUUUCCGAUACCGGAGUGGGCAUGGAGGAUAUUCAGAAAUCUGUGGAGGCAUUUGAAAGCAGCAAAGGCCGUUCCAAGAACAAGACUGCAGGAAGAUAUGGAGUCGGAUUGACACUUUGCAUGCUACACGCACAGCGACUAGUAUCCAAUUCUUAUUGCUGUAUUACUUCCGCCACAAAAGAUCAAAAAGCUUACACUCGGGCGUUCUUUGUCGUGGACACGGAUGGCAACUCUGUGGUGUGUAAGAAGGUCGAGAAAUUGGAAAAGCCCUCAUCCGACGAAAGUGGAACCUGUGUCAGCGUGCUUGUACCAGGUGGUGCCACCGCUGAAACGGCUUGGCCAAGAGUUGAGAACUAUUUUACUCGGUUUCAUCUUCGUCCAAUGACAACAAAUGCUGGUCCAAAUUUGGAGGUAUUGGCUCCCACCCUGUCUAAACAGCCAAUCUUUGUGAUAUCGCCUUCCAAUAGAGUAGAUAGCGGGGUAGAUGAUGACUUGGUAGGGGCGGGCGAGGAGCAAUACGAAGAUGAUCUCGAAGACGAAGCGAACAACGAUUCUUCUCAACGUCAAGGCAAACCGCUCACACCAGCUCAGCUACGACUGGAGGCUCAACGCAAGGCAGCUUUCCAUGCAGCACAAUCACUUUUUGGAUGUAACGUAAAGCUUGAAAAUGUUGCGCAUGCUGUGCAGCCCAUUCGAAUUCCCAAUAAUAACAACAAGAAAGGAUUGAUGGAAGCUCCGCCCAAACUGGAAGUGGACAUCAUUGUCCGUCCAGACUGUACAGAGUCACUGGUAGGCAAAGAAGAGCCUAUUGCGACACUUCGACUGAUCCGUAUGGUGAACUCGGUUCCCAUGCUGGAUAGUGCUGAAGGUUUUGGAUGUGGCCUUGUCCAUGGACUAGCCAACAAGCUCAUUUGGGCUUCCUUUGGAUUGCAUGUUACACAAUCCAACGAACGGAACGAACAAUCCUGGACACCACUGUUCGAUGUGAGAGAUAGCGACCAGGUGGCAUCCUUCUUUCAACAGCGACAACAUCGACAGAGUGACGAAAUAAUUCGGUCUACAACAGAUGGAAAUUGCGUGGAUGACGAAAAGAAGACUCCUGGAAAUAAUAAGCGAAAGCAACGAUCCAGCGACGCGGCAAAUUUGCUUCCAGCAAAAGUUCGAUUAGGUGACAUCACUGUCGUUGUCAGGAUUCAGGCUGCGCCAACCACGAUGCCACUUCCUACACUAUCCAAGGGCCGUCUCCCGUUGAACCACUCCCACAUUGACGUAGCGCUUCAGCGUUGCCUUCGAGAAAGCUUGCGAAGUCUUCAAAAGACGAAUACUCAACUUUUGUUGACACCAACGCAGCUACGGUCCACUGUACGAGAAGUGCGGUAUAUCCCAGCACUUGCUCUUGCGGUAUCACAAAUUAUAUCUCGGGGCGCUGACUCGGAGGGUUCUCAGCAAGUUCUUGACGAUAUCCACCAUUGGAGGAAUCAUCAUCGAAAUGAUAAAGGCAAGGUUAGGCACACUGACAUCUCGGAUCUACAUCUCGGAGAGGCUACCAUUUGCACUUUCACAGAGGAAAGGUUGCGAUGUAUGCUGGAAGCCAAACAAGCAAGGAUUCAGGAACGAAAGGUAAAGAAAUCGCGUACUGCACAUGUGCAGGUUGAAGAAAAUGAAUACAGCGAUCUCGAUGAAUCAGAUGAUGGCGAUGAAGAAGAGGUUGUGAAUUAUCCUCGGGCUGCUUCUUUGCAUGAUGAACCGUCUGACUUUGCGGAAAUAUUUCAGAAUCCACCUUCUGUUUGUCCUAGCAGCCCUGAGUGUUCAAGUGCAGCAAUAAAUGAAACUCCAGAGAAAGCUUCCCAUCGUGGCAGUAGUCCACAGCAUUCCGUUGUUGAUGAUGAUUGGUGGUAG